ACUGAAACCAUUUUGUCAACCUUCCUUCAAAUUUCAAUGACAAUCCGUUCCCAAAAUUCCAGUCAAAAUUUGUAUGCCACUUAAAAAUGUUUUCCAAAUUAUGUCCUCUAAUGUAGACUCAGUUGGCGUCAGAAAAUCUGCACAGGAGCACAUCAAAACCUUAGGCUAUAGGUUCAUCGCGCGUUUGGGCGAGGGAACAUUUUCCAAGGUCUACCUGACCGAAUACACGCACAAAGAUGCCUCCACCAGUGAAAAGCUGGCAUGUAAGCUGAUCGACACCGCAGCAUGUAGCCCCAAGUUCAAGAAGAAGUUUCUACCCCGAGAGUUGGCCAUCCUGUUAAGGAUCCGUCAUCCGCACAUCAUUCGGGUGCAGGCCAUGAUGAAGUGCCAUUCCAAAAUCUUCAUUUUUAUGCGAUAUGCCGAGAUGGGCGAUCUUCUCACGUUCAUUCUGGCUCACGGACCUAUUGGGGAGAACCAGACCCGAAUAUGGGGAAGACACAUGGCACUGGCCCUUCAAUAUCUGCACGAGCUCGGCAUAGCCCAUCGAGACUUGAAGUGCGAGAAUAUCCUGAUCACUUCGAAUUUCAACGUCAAGCUGAGUGAUUUCGGAUUCGCGCGGCACAUUAUGAAAGAUGGCGCUGCGGAACUGAGCAGUACGUAUUGCGGGUCGUUCGACUACGCCGCCCCGGAGAUUCUGAAGGGUCAACCGUACGACGCGAGGGCUUCCGAUAUGUGGGCCUACGGAGUGCUGCUGUACGUGAUGUUGAACAAGUCGAUGCCUUUCAAGGGCCGAACGAAGGUCGUGUACGAAGCACAAAUGGAUAGGAAAUGGCAGUUUCGGUCCAGAGUUCGUCACAAGUUGUCAAGCCAGGUUAAGCUGCUGGUGGGAAAUCUACUGGAACCGAAUCCGAUUAUCCGGUACACGGUGGAGGAAACGCUGGCCUACGGAUGGUACACGGAGAACCCGAAAAUGAGGGCCUUGCGGCCGGAUGAAUUACAUGCAUUGACGGAAGCGCGGGGGUGUACAACCGAUUCUAGGGAUGUGCUGCAGGUGAAGUCGAAGCUUAGGGUAUCUGGUAGUGAUGUGAUAACUACGAUCAAGGCUGUUGACGAGACGGAUGGUGGACGGCAUGGGUCGAGUCUGUCGGUGAAGACGUCUACCAUCGAGCUGAUUCAGGAUGCGUCUAGUGAUGUUAUUGCAGACCGCAAGUAACGGAAGAACGAUGUAUAAUUUGAUAUAAAUUUAUUGCGAAAUACUCACUUUAAAUCAUAACACAUCGAAAUUAUCAUUGCUAUGAAUACUUUAGCUGUCAAAGAAAGAGUUCUAAAAAUGAA